CCACCACGCAAAUUAUCGACAAUCAGUGCGUCGCGAUUAGAUUAACGCUAAUUAUUUCGAUGCAUCUGCGUCUGUGCGCCAAAUCGUAACCUCGGCCUUGGUAUUGCGGCGCAGCGCAAUCGUAGAAUUUCAGCCCGCUUCUAUAGUGGAGGAAAUCUGAAACGCAUAUUCUAUGCCAAACCAAAGGUUGUUUUUGGUUUCAGGUAGUUGAGCCGCCCUUCCGGUUCACUUAUUCCCCGACGGUAACGAUACCGACAGCUUACCAUCAAGAGCCAAGGAGAAUGUAGGAAUACGAGAAUUUGAAUUUGGAAUUGUUUGACAUUGUUGAGAGAAAGGCGAAACCAAGCUAGUCGCUCAAGAGAAAUGUGUACCUAUAUAGAUGCAUCGUCGUCCCCUCGGUAAACUUCCUGCCAUAAUUCUUUCGCAUCAAUUGUUUCUCUCAGAUCGCAUAAUCCCGUUUCCUUUUACCAAGAUACCUAUUUCUAUAUUUUAUUUGCUCAUAAUGCGUUUCCAGUUUGUCUCCGCAGGCUUGAUUGCCACAACCGCUGCCCACGGUGUUGUCAGAACCAUCGAGGGUGCCAAUGGCGUUAGCAUGCCUGGUCUUUCCGUCGCCGACGGUACUCCCAGAAACUGCGCUCUCAACUCUUGUGGCUCUCAGGCUGACACUGCCAUCAUCCGUGACGCUGACAUGAGAGGUGGAGGCGGCGCUCUUGGUAAAACCCAAGGCAAUGGCAAGGUUGAUCCCGCCAAUGUCAUUUCUGUUUUCAUGGGUACAUCCGCAAAGAACAGCGUCCCAACAAACAAGGGUGCUUCUGGAUCCGUCGGCGUCGAAGAUGACCUCAGCGGCUUGCGCAACCAGCGCCGUGAGGAGCACAAGCGCCAAUUCGGCCAAGGCAGUGGCUUCUUCAACCUUCCUGGACUCGGAGCUCUGGGUAUGGGUGGAAAGAAGAGCAACUUUGCAACUGAGACCAUCGUUGCCGAUACUGCUGGCGAAGGCGCCAAGAGUGGUCUUCCCACCAGUGACGACUCUGGUGUUGUGUCGUUGGUGUACCGUCAGGUAAGUUAACACCAUCAUGAGGGAUUCUUUGACACAAUUCUAACCUGAACCUCAUAGAUUAACCAGGAUGGUGCCGGCCCAUUGACAGCUGCCAUCGACCCGUCAUCCGGUGGUUAUGAGAACGAGGCAUUCCAGACUGCCAAGGUUACCCAGGAUGUGCCUGGCGCAGGCAUUGGUGGUUUGUCUCUUGCCACCAACACUGACUUUGCCGUUAAGGUGCAGAUGCCUCAGGGUAUGGUUUGCACUGGUAAGGUUGGUGGUGCCGAGAAUGUCUGUGUCGUUCGUGUCCGCAACCAGGCCCUUGCAGGACCUUUUGGCGGUGCGGCAGCUUUCACCCAGAGUGAAGGUGCUCGCAAGCGCGCAGUGGCCUACCGCUUGAAGAAGCGAUAUGAAUUCUAAUCACUAUAGACUAAUGAGGUAGAGAAGAGAAUAGUGUGGAUUCCCCUGGAGGGAAGCCGCUUGUAAUGUGUAGUAAUUCAUAUACUGGUUAUAUGCACAGGACGGGCAUCUUAAGCCCACGAUAUGGUUGUUUGUGUUCCCGGAAGGUCUUGGUGAUGUUCGUAUUCGUUGACAAUAGUUACUUUGCAAGAGCAUGAAUUUAUAAAGUCGAAAUGGACGCGGGUAAUCUGAUGUAAGUGGCAAGCGUCUUGGUCCGGCGCACAGGAGCAGCCUUCGAUGGCGUUUUGCUCCAGCCCCUCUUGUUCUUUGGUUUCCAUGGCACCCCUGAGACGUGAAUAUGCCAGAAACACGGGCAAGUGUAUUUUCUGUGUUCGGUCAAGAAAGUCGAUAAGAUCCUGGAGUGCCUCGCGAUUUCUAUACAUUGAUGCGCACAUAAACAUGACCUCAAAGAACGUAAUGGCCUGGUAAAUGUGACCGUUAUUUCUCGUGUCUUCCAUUUCCAUUUCACAGUGCUUUUCAGAUGUGAAGGCAACGUACGCGGCCACAUCCGCUAUGUCUCCACGGGAUGGCAGCCUCCAAGGGGCUUUAUUGAUCAUUGGAUAGUUGAGCAUACAUUCAGGGUAAUAACGGCAAGCUUCAAGAGCCAUUACUCGUGAGUCCUCUGUAAGCUUCUGAGUCCUUCGAUGGUUAAAGUGAUCUAGUUUCUUUUCCCAUAUUGAAUACCACUUAUCACACUUUAGGCGGUGAUGAUAUUCUGGCAUAUCUUCCCAUUGUGAGGGAUCGGCAGUGUAGAUUGCUUUGGCGGAACCGUCGAGCGCAUUACUAGUGAUGAGCUUCAUGAGAGCCGUAUAUUCUCUCCAAAUUUCGUCCGUAUUGAUAAAAUGCUUUGUGCUUAUCAGCUGCGCGUUUGGUCGGAGAGAUGCCUUUGUAGGCCCAAAGUUGUGUUGGGCUACCAUACGGUCAAACAUUUCAAUGGCAUUAAUGACACCAUGCGAUUGCGCCACUGUUACAUUUCGUGCAAGCAGCCUCUCGACAUCCCAUUGAUGAAACAGGUUGCAAGCACUAGCAGCCUGUCUUGAGCCUUCGUCGUGCUCGCCUUGGAUAAAAUUUAUGGCAAUAAGCAUGAUGCUCGUGGAGAGCGCUGAUAAUUUUGCAGCGUCAUCUAGAGCAGGCUGUUUGAGAAUAUCGAUGAGCCUGAGGAUGGACUUGUUAUAAUUCACCAAGGCAACUUUCAAGUACUGGUGCUCAAAACCCAAGCGAGGCUGCCCUGAGACUGCUUGUUCGUUGAUCAAGCCAGUGUAUACCGACAUUGACGAUACAGCCAGUGCAGCGUACCAUAUAGACGGCUCAACCUGGGACGAGGGCACCAAAGUUUCAGCCCAGGCAUCGAGGAUAUGGGCAAAGCUAGCGAUAGUUGUGGUGCGAAAAUUGAAGAACAUGUUUCGCUCCAUCUGGGUUGAGGAUUGAUAUAGUUCGGACCCUUCAUAGCUGGGGCGAAUGAGCUGGAGCCCGGAUCCUUGCCGGCUGUUGAAGGAUGCAUAUGCAGCACCUUCGCAAACACGUCCAAGCGCUACACAACGUCGGCAAGCUGGCUUGGUCUCGUCACAUUUGACUCUGCGGCGC